AUGCUAUUUUUCCUAUCAAUUCUAGCCCUUGCAUAUUCAGUAGAUUCAAUAUCAGGAAGAAAGUCAAAAUUAGGAGCCUGCAUUUCUUUAGUGCAGAUAGCAAUUAUAGACACCGAAUUAGAAUUUAAAAGCAUCGCCAAAAAUCUACCACCCCAGAAUCGAGAGAGAGCCCAAAACAAAAUCGUCGCAGAUAUGAUGAUAAAUUGCAUGAACAAAAUUUCUUCUCAAGCAGCAGUCGAGCUUCUAUCUAUGAAGGAAAAUGCUAUGUUUCUGCGAGAGCAUAGCUCUCUUAUUGACUGGGAUAGGACACAAUUUGAUGGCAAUACUGUUAUUACUUUCACACAGGAGCAAAUAGAAUUAUUUGAUGAAAUUCAAGCUUUUCAGGAUAGUGCUCAUCAAUUUGUGGCAGAACCAUAUGAAGAAUCAGAAUGAUCAGAAGAUAAUAAAGCCUAUGAGGGAGUUCCUUUUCUUCAAUUUGGACUAUGGUAUGCUGUUGUAAUUAUAGGGGUGUUCGGAUUAUUUUUCUAUUUCGCAAUCACAAAACUGAAUGAACCUCCGAGUACUCCGAAGAAAAAGAAAAAGAAUAAAUAA